GUAUGCCAUUCAUCCAUACAUCUUGACCACAUAUCACCCAGCUAUGCCCACAUUCCAUCCAAGCAUAGAUCACAUAAAAUCUGUACAUCUGUCUCCUCUCGCCAGAGACGGGUAUGUCCACCUCAACUUCUUCGCAACCUUUGACAGACAAGACCUGUCUUCAGACUUAGUACCUGAACACGGUCGCUGGGAAAUAUGGACAGACAUUCCUUUUUUUGAUAGCAAAGGCAACCCACCUGCUUAUCCAGGCGAGUGGCGCUCCCAGCAAUUUACACCAUUCAAGACGUUUUCCGAUGAACUCAAUGGCCAUGCGGCUUCCACCGACAGGGGUUCGGGCUUGACACUUAAACCCGUAUCCCUUCCGGAGCCGGCAAAGUUGUUAACUACUCUCCACCUGGUCCUGGUUAUCCCUGCCGAGGCUAACAGAUCUUACUCCUACACCUUUCGGUAUGUCUAUCCGGAUGGGCAGAUUAAUUGGCAAAGCGGAGUGGGGGGUAAUGGGAUUGUCAAUCUCAAGGAGGCAGAUACUUCCCCCGAUCAGACAAAAAUCAGGUCCGGAUCAAACUGGCCUCCAGUGCACAAUGCAUUUGAAGACAGUGACUCUUGGGACUGGAGAGGUAUCGGCGUGACUUUACAACGAUCAGGCGAACGUGCCGUCAAACCGCAAAUACAACCACUUCCUCCCCAAAAGGAAGUCAAGCAAACCUUUGCUCUCCUCCAUGGACCUCCGACUCCUCAUCUAUCUUCAUUCUCACACCUUUCCCCGACGCGGUUGCCUAUUCCUAUCAAAGCGCCCACGAGCUACCUGGCUGUUAUUGGUCAUCCCGACAAUCCUCUUUUCCAGAGGGGCCUAUCCCCAAUGGGUAGCUGUAAUGGAAUCCCAGCUAGCUACGCGUUGGGUGUUGAAUCCUUCCCCUCCGAGGUCUUGCGGGAGGCUGUCAAGGCUUCGAAAGGAGAUCAAAGCCAUCUCAUUGUCGCUGAGGUCAAAGAGAAGGAUAACUUGAGUAAAGACGUGGGCGCUCUGAUAUAUCAUUCAGGGAAAGAAGAGCCCGAAAAAUCCUACCUUAUCGUUGAUGCUGUACAUUCACAUCAUCCUCGAGACAUCACUGUGAUAAUUCCUGAGAGUUUUGUUACUGCAGCCCCGCUCGCGGUCAUUUCAGACUACAGUCCUGUCCCCCCCCUUUACAUCCCUAAUUCUACCGAUAUGUCAAAGCCACGAAAAAUUCCAAUUUACAUUCAACCAGGUGCUGCCGCUGAAGUCCUCCGCUUGGUAGAGUUUAUCCAAUUACGGUCAUCUGAAACUGACAAUUCUUCUGUGUGGAUAUGCGCACCAGACGGCAUCGAUUAUGAAGUUGGGGAAGAAGAAACUGAGGCGGAGCCUACAAACCCUAUGGAGAAUAAAUCAUACUUUAGCCUGCCUAGGGAUGCUUCGGCGCCUGUCGUCGUCGUACCUGCUGUCGACGGCGCCCAUACUCCUCAAACUGAAUUGGCCGGACCUGACGACAUAUCAUCUGUGGCUAAUCAUAAUUCAAAGCCCGAUGACGGACGGUGGUGGAUCUUCAAGGCCAUCACCAAAUUUUUCAGUACCAUUUGGAAUUUUAUAUUGUCUCCGUUCCGGUCAAGGCCGACACCGCUCAUCAAAGGCGCAGGGGAUGAUGUCAAAUCGGCGAACAAUGAAAGAACUCCUUUGCUUGACCCUGGACUCUCACAUUCCAUUUCUGAUACACCAUCCGCCUCUCAGACGGCAUCGUCUUUCUCUGAUCCUAUCACCCCUUUGCCACAGACUGUGACCAUUACCUCUUACGUUUGCUUUACCUUUGAUCACCCCGCCCCAUUUCAGUUCCUUUUGCCUCCUGCAUCGAAUACUUUACUGGGUAAUCUUACUUUUACUUCUAAGCAAAAGGCAGCCGCUAGUUGGACUGGACUGAACUUGAGGGUUACGGAUACGAAUGGAGGGACUGUAAGGGCUGAGGCGUAUGCGGAUGAGGACGGGAAGAAUGUUGGUACGGGGAGUCGUGAUAAAUGGCUGGUGAAGAUUCAACAAUCGAUGUAAAGCCCCUACUAUCCAUGACUAUUUUAUCCUUUUCGUGUCUUUCAGUUAGUCAUCAACAUCAUACUUCUGAUGGCAUUCUUGUGUGUCACUGUUUAUCAUUGUCAAUCACUAUCUCGGAACAAAUAUCAUGUCAACGAUCAGAUAAAAGUAACAUGUUGUAAACAGAAAAAAAGUCAUGUAAUUUAUCAUAAUCCUGUA